AGAAAUAUCAUAUCUGCAGAAUAAACUGUUAAUAUAACAAUGCCAAAAGGAUAUGACCUUGGGAAUUUCCGUGGCCUCAUUAGACUGAUGAAGGAAAAACUUCCUUUGCCCUCAAAACAUCCGGUAAAAUUUUCUCUCCCUCCACACGCCCCCAUCUUUAUUUGUCAACUCUCAGCUGACAGGCACGUUUCCAUUAGAGGUAAUGAUACUUUGUAAGUAACUUACAAAUGUAGAAGUAAUUUAGGGUGUCAAAGUAUGUCAUAUAAUUUAAUAAGUCAUAAAUUUGUCCAUGACAGAAAAGCUGUUCCCAACAGUUCCUGUUCAUUGUUCCCUUAGCACCAUUUCCUCUGGGAAAUUUUCAGCCCUGGACAUGGAUAAUUACUGGAAACCCUAAUGGGGGCAGGGAAUGUGUUGGCUGUAACUGGCCUUUUCUUCUAGCCUGAUUGGGCUGGUCCCUCCCCUCGUUCUUCCUUCAUUGGCUCAAGCCUACAUCAAUCUGUUGAAUUCCAGGUCCCCCUCAAGUUUGAAACUUUUUUUUUUAUACGAGGAGGAGGGGGGAUCCGGUUACAGCAACAGCAAACUUGCAACCGAUCUGGCAGUUGCGGAGGGAAGAAAACACUCCUUUAAUAAUUGACACAUCUGCGCCUGAUACACGGUUGCAGAACAAAAGAGAACCAGCGAAUAAGAAAAUAAGAAUUUACAGCGGAGAUAAAACAAAACGUGCUUUAGGGGGUGGGAAAUGUGAGGCGACUUUCACAGCAGCAAGGAUGAAAACUUGAAGGACUUUGUGCAGAUUAACUUGUCAUCUCGUUGGCUGAACACUGCUGUGUCCCUCUGAAGCUGAGAGGAAGCAGGCUACACGGUUGACAGCUAUGAUGGCUCUAGUCCCUGACGAGAGUGGAAUUUAAUGAGCACUAUGAAAUCUCUCCUCAAUCUCAGAAAGUGGUCUGCCCAUUAUCCAUCCGCACUUUUCAAAACUGAUACACAUCCAUCAGAGAGCAGAGGAAAGAGAGAUUUGAACAUGGACUCCUUCAGCACUAAGAACUUAGCCCUCCAGGCACAGAAGAAGCUGAUGAGCAAGAUGGCCACCAAAAGCAUGGCCAAUCUCUUCAUAGACGACACCAGCAGCGAAGUGCUGGACGACCUGUACCGUGUCACCAAGGAGUACACGCGCAACCGCAAAGAGUCCCAGAAGAUCAUCAAAAACUUGAUCAAGAUGGUGGUGAAGCUGGGAGUGCUCUACAGAAACAAUCAGUUCAGCAGCGAGGAGCUGAUCCUGGUGGAGAACUUCAGGAAGAAGGUCCACACUCUGGCCAUGACAGCGGUCAGUUUCCACCAGAUCGAGUUCACCUUUGACCGACGUGUCAUGAGCGCCAUUUUGAACGACUGCCGCGAACUCCUGCACCAGGCCAUCAAGCGUCACCUGACGGCGAAGAGCCACUCACGGGUUAACCACGUCUUCAAUCACUUCGCCGACUGUGACUUCCUGGCAACUCUGUACGGGCCCUCUGAAGUUUAUCGCACCCACCUGCAGAGGAUCUGUAACGGGGUCAACAAGAUGCUUGAUGAGGGGAACCUCUGACCUCAAACUUCCUCCUCAUCAGGCACAUUUACCUCUUUGUCAGCCUUUCUUGCAGGAUUACCUUUUUGUUUGUUUUUUUUUAAGGAUGACAAUCAUGAACAUUUAUAUUUUUCAUUUGUUGGUUUUGUGUUCGUGUGUGCCUUCCAGAUAUUACUGUAACACCGACAUGUCUUUGCUAAGUUUAUCCAAAGACUAUUUCUUUCUUUCUUUCUUUUUUUUUUCGUUUUGUUACUUCACAAUUGACAAAAUCAAGCUGAUGUUUUCUUUAUUAUUUUUAAUGAAUGUAAAACUUAAUGCUCCUCUCAGUAUAUUCAGGGGCUGGAACAUUGACAGAUUAGAUCAUCCUCAUUGCAACUACUCAUUAACUCCGGAUAAUCCAGGCACAGGCCUUCAGCUGUAUCUCUGUGAGGUGCCUUUAAGAAAUGUGCACCAAGAAAGGAAGAAGGCAGUUCCCAAGGAUCUAAAGAAGUGGGGUUUUUUAUGGGUUUUUUUUUUGUUUGUUUUGUUUUGUUUCCAAAGGUAGUGUUGCACUCAGUCCUGAACAAGCGCUGUAUGUACUUUCCUGCAGUAGUGAAACCAUGUGAAUCACAGCAGUUGAGUAAUCCUGCUUAGCCUGCAUUUUAUUGCUCUUACCACCAUGCACUGAACAGCGCUUUGUAGAGAAGCCAGGCAUUUUGUACUGAAGGCAACCAUAAACCCAGUUUUGCUUCUAAUGGCCUGUUUUCAAGCCACCACAACAAAGAUGAAGUAUUUGGGUCAUAGGAAAAAAUGAAGGAUUUUGUUUGCGCUGUGUAUUGUUGAUUGUCUCAGAUGUCUGACUGGCCUGUACACUCAUCUGGUCAGGAAAAAUCACUGUGGGGGGAAGCAGCACAAUGUGGCGCCAGGUGCUCAGGUUGUUUCUUUUAUCAAAGGGGAAUUAAGCACGAGCUCAGUUGAACUGCUCAUCAUAAUAGAUGUAGAACCCCAGGGUCAGGUGUGAUUCAUAUGUAGCUUUGUUGCCAGUUUUUUUUUAUCCAAAAAACCAUUAAAACUCUGGUUUAGAUUCUGACUGGUCUAGAAAAAAUUACUCCCAAUGAGCUGUGAGAUGAAAGGCUUGCAGAAAAAUGCAUCUCUGCAUCUGUGCGUAGGACCCGGUCGGGUAUAGCGAUUAGAGCAGAAACAAACAGUACCUGAUUGUACUCGCCCACUGCAAUUAUAGCUGUGGACUCCGGGGUGGUAUAAUGGUCUGGAGCUUGCCUCUGUCGAGCAGCCAUUACAUUUCACCACACAACAGCUUUAUGAGACGUGAUAGAGAUGGCCAUCUCUGUUUGCAUGGUGCAAGUCUUUUUAAUGAAGUAAAAGAUGUUGCAUUUCUUCCUUUUUGAGCAUGAGUGGUUACUACUAGCCCUUUCUAACCUCAAAUAAUGGCCAUCUUUCCUUUAUGUCUAUGUGUUUUGUAUUACUGAGUGUCUGGCAGAUUGUUUUGUACUGCAGCCUCAUUUUGUAUUCUGAGGGUGUGUGUGUGUGUGUGUGUGUGUACCUGUACCUGUGAGAGAAUUGGAAAUUGAGCCGUGUAAUAAGCGCUGUGCUUUACUAGGUAGGAUUACUGAAACUUUAACUUCUCAACCUCAGCAGCUUGGCCAAAGAAAAGUAGGACUGAUGUUAUUCAAAAUAGUCUUUCUUCAGAGAAAAACAUGAUGCACUUGUUAAUUGUAAUCCUACUACCGGCGAUGAAGACACAAAGGAGGAGGCCAUUUUGGUUUUAGUCUGUUUUAUCCCACCCAGCUGCUUCUCUUCUCAUUUGUUAGAACUCUUUUACUGCUUCAGUUUGCAAAGCUUUGAAGUAAAUUGUUUCUUCUUAUUCUGUUUUCCCCCUCCCAAAACAGUUUACUUUGUCUUUUGAUGCCAUUUUCUUCAAUCUGUCCAUGUCUCAAGCCUGGUUUAAAUCCUCUGCACAAGCCUCUGCAACAGCCUAACUGAUUUUACUAAAGCUCUCACACAAAACCUUCUAUGUUUCAUUUUUACUAUUGUGAAAUGUUUUUAGUUUCACUCAUGUACACAUCUCUGUAUUGUAUUUCAGCACAACAAAUGUAAAUCAAUAGCUUCUU